GGUUUUGAAUCGAAUCCGUUCGGAAGCUGUCGACUCUGGGCUAGCCAUAAUCGGAAUUAUUCGGCUAUCUCCGGCCCUAAGGCUGAGGCGCUGUGGAGCUUGGGUGUUUGGGGCGGGUCCGGGACCGGAAGUGCGUGGGCUGCCGGGUUGGCCCUCCUUAGGGUUUUCAGGAAACAUGGAAGCAGCCGUGAUAGUUGGAGUCUAAACCCUGUUGUGGCGGUCUCCGGGUGCCCUGUGAGAGAAAAGGGGAGGAUGCCACUGGAAUCAUCUUCCUCUUCAAUGCCGCUAUCCUUCCCUUCUCCCUUACCCCCAGUACCAGACAAUAUUUCUAACUCUUCUCCUCCCCCAAUGUCUUACAUCACUUCCCAGGAGAUGAAGUGUAUUCUUCAUUGGUUUGCCAGCUGGUCAGGUCCUCAGCGUGAACGUUUCCUUCAGGACCUGGUAGCUAAGGCAGUACCAGGAAAAUUACAGCCAUUGCUGGAAAGUCUGGAGCAGCUUAGUGUGUCUGGAGCAAACCGACCACCUUGUAUCUUUGAGUGCCAGUUACGUCUUUGGGAUCAGUGGUUUCGAGGUUGGGCUGAGCAGGAACGCAAUGAAUUUGUCAGGCAGCUGGAGGUCAGUGAGCCAGACUUUGUGGCAAAGUUUUACCAAGCAGUGGCUGCUACAGCUGGUAAAGAAUGAUAUUAAAAAUCAAAGAAGAUAGGCAGAGCUAAUGUAGCCAUGGCCACAACUUUACUGUGAGAACUUCAAACGUAUCACUCAAAGAUCUGGAGAUGGUGUCCCGAUCAGCUGACUGAAACUACCUAACAAGUACAGGCCUGGUGAUUCCAACAGCCUAUCAACUGGACUCCUGCUGGAAGUGUUUUCCAUCUGAGCAAAUCCAGAUCUGCCUGCUUCCUAGCUUACUUCAAGAAUUUAAAGACUUCCUUUGCAACUGUAACUGAAAGAAUCUAUACAUUAUAACUCAAAUCUAUUACCAGCCUGGCUUGUAGGGUAUCAAGUAGAACAUUUGUACAAGGUCAUGACCUAGCUGGAUUUGAAUGGCUGGUUUCACUAUCAUUACCAAAUUCUGGCAUAAUUUUGUAACAUCCCCACUACUAGCUUUCCUCUUGAUGAUUUAGUAAAAUUAUGGAAAAAUCAGGAGACAGAGAUGUUUGUUCCCUUCACUCUAAUGUUUGUUUGAAUCCAAAUAGCAGUGACUUUUUUUCUAAAGUGUAUGUGGCAUCUUUUGAACUGGUAGCAGAUGUUCCUAUCUUAUAAGUUUGCUUUAAAACAAUAUGAAACCAUUCUUUAUAGGCUGAAGGAUUUAUUUUUUUAUAUCAAAAUAAAGAAUGAAUUUUCAGAA